AAACAAUAUAAGUCACAGUUAGAUUUGAGAUUUGAAACAUAAUCUCCAGUAAGUUGUGUCAACAUUUUACAGUCUUAUAAAUUCUAGUCUGUUGUUCGAAGAAUUAUUACCAAAUUUGAAAAAUGAAGACAGCAAUUAUCGUAGCACUUUUCGUCGUCUGCAUCCAAGCUGGAAUUGUGAAAAGACAAACCGAUGUCUUGUUUGAUACCGAUGUAAACGGCAGGGUUUGCUAUGUUGGAGAAAAUGGAAAUUACACCAUGGAUAUCUGCCCUGAAAGCGAGCAAAUGUGUCAAACCGCUAUCAGAAUAGAGAAUGGCAACAUUCAAAUCACCAAUUCCUGCAAACAAGAUAAAGCUUGCAUGAAUAACCAAGAUAUCAACAUACAGAACUGCAUUGGUGAUGAAGCCUUCAGAAACAAUGUUCGCGUCUGCCACUUUUGCUGUGAAAGUGAUCUCUGUAACAACGAAUACGAUCUGGAUACCUUGCUGCUUAUCGCCGGACAAUACAGAGAACCAUCCACUGUUGCCACAUUUCUUGAAUAGAUUUUAAAUUAUAAUGGCUGCAAGUUAUCUGCUUACCGAUAUAAGGGACUUUUUGAACAUUCAUUUAGUCGAAUAAAUAGUGAUUUUUAUUCUAUUUUUGAUAUAAACUGGCAUAGCAUUUGUUUAUUUAAUAAAUAUGUUUGCAUACCUA